ACAGGGAAAUCCCCAACGAGAAAAAAGAAAGGAGAGCAGAAACAUUAACCGAGGGAAGCGCUGCGUGUACGGCUGGUCUCUCGCCGUCGACGAAGUUAUCUCGCCUGCCUCAGGGCCGCAGACGGUGGCAGCUGCAGCGGCAGCCGGGCAAUUCAAAGGGUUCUAUCUGCGGUUGGAGCUACUUGCUUGCGGUUUUCGAGCGAAUUUGUUGAAGCUUCGGGCUUGUUCCUUCCCCGCAGCAGGUUGGGAGGCAGCGCGGAGCCAGAGGAAGAGGACCUGGAGUUGGUUUGUUGGUCCUUUUUUGGAUUCGGCAUCAGGAAUUUGCUUUUUGUGGCGGAGGGAAGGGCUGAAGAGACGGCGGAGGGGGACUGGGGGUGAGGUUAAUGGAGGUCGAGGGGCAGGGUAUGAUGGAGCCCCAAGGGGUGGAGCUCGAGGACGACAGCAUCAAUUUCUGGGCCUCCCUCGGAGUGAGCACCACCCAUGUCCAUGGCGUCGACCAGAUGCCUGCUCUGCAUAAUGUCCAGAUGGUCGACCACCAUGUACAGCUGCUGCCUGCGGCGACUACGGUGUCACACCCGCAGUCUGUCUGCAAGGAGCUAUUCCCCGUGGAAGCCGACCCCUGCCUCGAGCCCCGGGUGGGGAUGGAAUUCGAGUCGGGCGAGGCUGCCAAGACCUUCUACAUUGCCUAUGCCGGCCGUGUCGGGUUCUCUGUCCGCAUUGCUCGGUCCCGCAAGUCCAAGUGCAGCGAGUCAAUCAUCAUGCUAAGGUUUGUUUGCUCCAAGGAGGGGUUCAGCAAGGAGAAGCGUGUCGUCGAGGGGAAGAAGACAAGGAAAAGGCCAGCCUCCAUUAGGGAGGGCUGCAACGCUAUGCUUGAGGUUCUCCGCAGAGGCGACAACAAGUGGGUUGUCACCAAGCUUGUCAAGGAGCAUAACCAUGAGGUUGGGAUGCCCAGCACAGUGCACUAUAUCGCCACUGAGAGCGAUACUGUGGUUGACCCUUACAUCGGUAUGGAGUUUGAAUCCCUUGAGUCUGCCAAGACAUUCUACUACUCUUAUGCUAUUCGUGUGGGAUUUGAAGCUCGCGUGCGCCAGUCCCGGAAGUCGCAAGAUGAGUCACUCAAGAUGCUGAAGCUUGUGUGCUCAAGGCACCGGUAUCAUUCAGGACGGGAAACCAAUGCAGAGGAUGCCAAGAGAGGGCAAGCCUUGGAUCCCUUGAGAGAUGGUUGUGAAGCACUAUUUGAGAUAAUUCGGAAGCAGCAAGAUGUUUGGAUGGUCUCCAAACUCAUCAUAGAACAUACUCAUGAGCUGAACCCCGCACCACCAAGUAGAGUUUGCUGUGUCCGCUCACAAGGUGAGAUACUUGUAAUUGCAAAGAACUUUGCUGACACACGAAAUCUCCUAUUGAAUGGGCAAGAUUCCCAGCCUUCUCGAGAGAUCCGGUAUAAUGAUUUAGGACCAGAGGAUGCUCAAAGCCUACUUGAAUAUCUUAGGAAGGUACAGGUCGAGGAUCCUGCAUUUUUUUACGCAGUGCAGCUUGACAAGAAUGAGCAGACGGUCAAUAUCUUCUGGGCUGAUGCUAACGCUAGGAUGGCUUAUUACCAUUUUGGUGAUGCUGUUAGGUUUGAGACAGCAUACAGAAACAGCAAGGAGCAUAUACCUAUUGUCAUAUUUUCUGGUGUCAAUCAUCAUGUGCAGCCCGUUGUUUUUGGCUGCGCACUACUUGUCGAUGAAUCUGAAAAAUCAUUUGCAUGGCUAUUUGAAAAAUGGCUUGAAGCAAUGCAUGUGAGGCCCCCUGUUUCUUUCGUAACAGAGCUGAACCAACAGAUGGCAGCAGCUGCUGCCAAGGUACUACCUGACACCUGUCAUAUUUUCUGCGAGAAGCAUAUAUUUGGUACUGUCAAGGAGGAGCUGCAUAAUAUUUAUCCAGAGCUAGACCAUUUCAUAACUGACCUGAGAAAGUGCAUUGAUGAAUGUAGAAUAGAAGAAUCAUUUGAAUCAUGUUGGGAUUCUGUUCUCAUAAAACAUGGCUUCAGAAAUAAUGAAGUUUUACGGUCUCUUUAUGAUAUUCGCCAACAAUGGGCCCCUGCAUACACAAAGAAAUCAUUUCAUGCCGCAAACCUGCUUCCACAAAGCUCUGAAAAUUUUGAAAAGAUUAUUGAUAAGUACUUCUCGUCCAAGACCCAGUUACAGGUUUCCGUGCAGCAACUUGGAAAAGCUAUUUGUAGUUUCUAUGAGAAAGAAGCUCAGGCGGAUUAUCUGACGAUGGUUCAAGUACCAGCACUGAGGACUGCUUCACCGAUGGAAAAACAAGCGAGUUUAAUAUUUACUAGGACAGUGUUUGAUAUAUUUCAGGAGCAAUUUGCCGAGUCCUUUGGGUACCAUGCAGAGAGGCUUGAGGAUGGGAUGGUACAUAGGUACCGUGUCACGGUAGAUGAUGGUGAUGAGGAGUCACAUACUGUCACUUUCAGUCCAGAUCAAAGUACAGUGUGUUGUAGUUGUUGCCUUUUUGAGAGUUGUGGAAUCUUGUGCAGGCAUGCCCUUCGAGUGUUCAUCAUCGAAGGAGUACGUUUCCUUCCAAAGGCUUAUGUCUUGAAACGCUGGACAAAACAUGCAAAAAGUACUGUCACCUUGGACAACUACACUGAUCUACGGGGAUACUCUGAGGAUCCUUCAACUUCAAGGUACAAUGAUCUUUGCUAUGAUGCAAUCAAAUGUGCAAAAGAGGGCUCGGCAUCCUCUGAGCUCUAUAAAAUUGCUAAGGAUGCACUGCACAAGGCUCUUGAUGAGGUCAUGUCUUUAAGGAAUACCAGGCAGCAAAAUCUGCCAAACCGUACAACGUCAUUAAAAAGCCCAGUCAAGAAGUUUGGGAAGGCUAAAGAUACCUCUGCCAAGAGCUUAAAGAGUUGUGCUGCAACAGUUUGUGGUCUCGUACUUGUGCAGUUCAAUACAUAUGCCAUGAGGUCAGGAAAAAGUACAUCUGCCCUUCUAUUUUUGGUGUGCUUCAUAGUAAAAGAGAAGCGUUCAGCAUAUGUCGUCAUAUGUUCCUUCCACUUCUGGAUAAGAACAAUGAAGAUUAUUCUUGUUGCCCUAGCUGGUUCGGAGAAAGCUUGGAAAAAUGGUGCUGAAGGACAAGUUUGUUUUGAGGUGAAAACUAUUAAAAAAAAUACCAAUGCCCUAAAGGCCCCUAACUACUGCUUUACGUGUCUUAUUUUUUCAUCUCCAGCCUCCAGGCAAACCAAAUCACGUGCCUUACCACGUAUCGGAGCUUGACAUAUUUUUCAAGAUGCACUGGUUAAUCCUCCCUCUGGAGUGUCUAAGACCAGGGGCUUGUUAAUCAAUUGUCAUGUGUGGUUUCGGGCAUAGUUCCUUGGAAGAGAGGGCUAGAGGUCUGCUUGAUCCUUCAGUUCCCACUCCGGCGUUCGUGUGUGUGAUUCUGAUUCUUCAUGCCGUACCCAUAUCCAAAGUUGGUCCCAUGGAGAGUGGUGCAAUAGACACAUAAGAAACCAUAAGCUCAUGUAUAUAUCUUUGAGCAUUGAUAUGCUUUCAGAAGAAGCUUGCUCUCCCAUCCUGUUGAUCAUUUUCUUGACUUAACAAUCAGUUGCAGUGCCUGGCAAAAUGUGGAAGGGAAGCCUGCUUUCCCCACUAUGGCCUAUGGGAGCAAGUGGCACCUUCCAUGACAUGUCCUCAUCCAUGGCAAAUCCGAUUCCACGGCAGGAAGGAAGUUGUAGGUUGCUGUUGUUGGAUCAGUUGAAUUUUUUUGCUGGAACAGCACAGUGCACAUGCACGUAAUGCCAAAGCCGUGUACGGUGAGAGACCAGAUAUCCCCGGAGUCGACACAAAGGAUCAGCAGCGUGCAAUGAUUUGUCAAUACAGAAAGCAAUGGAUGCACGCAGGCAUGUAUGGUGCAAUGCAAGAUCUAGCUCAGUCGAGAAGGAUGCAUCUGCGUCGUUGCACAAGUGGAGGGCCUAGAUGAAAGGCGAAAGCAAAGCUAUCUGGUUAUGGGUGUUCUUGAGAUGCUGCAGGUUGUUGCAGAGUUAGGUGGUGUUGCAGCUGUCAGGACCUGAAUGGGAGCAUUGCAAAGCUCGAUCCUGCAGGUUCCUUGAGCUGGUGGUUCCAGGACCAGGGUGGGGGAUGUGUCCCAACAGUGGGUGGUUUGAUUGUUAAUUUUUCUUCCUUGUACAUGUCUCCAUCCUGGUUCUUGUUCAUCUACACAUGCAUGAUAGACAGAUGCCCCCGCCGCACCUCGAUCGCCGGCCCACGGUUUCGGUCUCGUCGUCUCGGCGCACGUCAAGAUAUGUUUGCUGUGUGUUGUCGCUGGCAUAGUGGCAUGGAGCUUGUGGCCGGAAUGGAUAGAGCACUAUGCAGGCCGGCCAUUGGUCGCCAUGGGGCAUGCCUGUGCCUGCCUUUAGCUGCUCCAGUUCCUCCUUGGUUUCUGCUUCCUGCUUUGCUUUGUGUUGCUUUGCUGAGUUCAUGUGGCAAAAGCUAGCAAUGAUAUGUUGCUUCUGUAGCUUCAGUGCUCCAAUGUCAAACCUUCUUCCUUCGCAUCUGGUUUAAUUUUAUCACCCAUUCAUCAAUUAUAUUGUAUUUUUGUAUGGCCUGUUGUAUUGCACACCUUUCUUUUCCCCAAACACUCAGUACUGUAGUGUAAACUUAGUGUGGACCAGCAGUUCAUGUACUCCUUUAUUCUCCUCUCUAAAAAAAGUGGCAUAUCUAUGCUAAUCCUUUAAGGUGCUCA